AUGGCUCCACCGGCGAAACUGACCCAGUAUACCCAGCUGAUCCUACUCCUCCUUGCAGCAGCAGUAGCUAGUGAUCACUUGACCCUGCACCAGGCUGCGGCUGCCGCCGAUGAACUACAAGGCCGACCGCAGCAGGGGCUGGGGCGUCCGGGUUGCCGGGACAAGUGCGGCGACAUGAGCAUCCCGUUCCCCUUCGGCAUGGACAAGCCCGGCUGCUUCCUACCCGGCUUCGAGGUCACCUGCAACACCUCCUCUACUCCGCCUCGCGCCUUCCUCGCCUACAACCACAGCCAGCCACCAUACCAGCAUAUUUACCAGUAUGCAUUCAACACUGAGGGUGGGGCUACAAGCCAAAUAGAGGGGCGUCAGGCGGUCGAGCUGUUCGACAUAUCACUCGAGACGAGCGAGGUACGUGUGUACAGCGGCGCCAAUUCCCGGUGCUUCACAAACGAAUCCGCGGGUUUAGACAAGGGUGAAUACAUGGAGUUGGACAGGGAGGGGCCGUUCCUCCUGUCGUCGACGCGCGACGAUCUCGUCGGCGUCGGCUGGAACGCCGAGCCCUCCAUGACAUACACGGUCAAGACCUCGCCGGACCCUCUCUCCUGCACUUCAAACGAUCCCUUCAUGUCGGCCACAGAUGGGGAGUGCUCGGGUCUGGGCUGCUGUCAGAUUGCCCUGCGGCCGCAGAUCUCGACUCUCCCUGUCAUUAGUACCGGGGUGAUCUUGAAGAAUUACAUCAAUAUUCGCUGGGAAACCAAUCCAUGCUCCUACGGCAUGGUGGUGGAGAGGUCAUGGUACAACUUCACGGAGGAGGACUUGUACGGCCACGAGGUGCUAUCUACGAAACUCAGCAGGGGCUUCCCGUUGGUGCUUGAUUUCGCCAUCAGGGACGGCUCGUGUGAGCGCGACGGCUGCCUCAGCGGCAACAGUUCUUGUGCCAUAGCAGCCGGAGGCUAUGUCUGCAAGUGCCGGGAGCAUUACAAUGGCAACCCCUACAUCACCGAUGGAUGCCAAGACAUCGAUGAAUGUCAGCUCCGAGAACAGAGUCCCGAGUUCCGUGAUUUAUAUCCGUGUGACGGGAUCUGCACGAACAUACCCGGAGGAUAUGACUGCCGAUGCAAACGCGGGAUGAAAGGCGACGCCAAAAAGGGAACCUGCGCCGAAAUUUUUCCCCUGUCAGCAAAGAUCAUCGUUGGUCUUGCUGGAUUGAUUGUUGUCUUUGUCAUCAUUGUUAUGGCCAAGCAACACCUAAAACUUAAGAAGUUCUAUGCACAAAAUGGUGGUCCAAUACUUAAUGGUGUCAAGAAUAUACGGAUAUACACGAGGAAACAGCUGAAACAAGUAACAAACAACUAUGAGUGUGUCAUUGGACAGGGCCACUUCGGUAAGGUUUAUAAGGGCACUCUGAAAAAUAAACAACAAGUGGCUGUGAAGAAGUCCAUCAAAGUUGACAAGGACAUGAAGAAGGAAUUCACCGAUGAGGUUAUAAUCCAAUCCGAGAUGAGGCACAAAAACAUUGUCAGGCUCCUAGGUUGUUGCCUAGAGUUCGAUGUUCCCAUGUUGGUGUAUGAGUUUGUGGCGAAAGGGAGUUUGUACGAUGUCCUCUUCAAAAGCAAGGAUAGCAUUCCAGUGAACAAGCGCCGGGCAAUUGCUAUUGGGUCAGCUGAAGCCCUAACAUAUAUGCACUCGGCUGGGGAGAGUACACGGUGAUGUUAAAUCUGCAAACAUUCUUCUUGAUGAACAUUUCACCCCAAAAGUUUCAGACUUUGGUACCUCGAAGUUGCUCGCAAAAGGAAAAGACGAGGAGACUGAUCGUGUUGUUGGGGACAUGAGUUACAUAGAUCCAAUAUAUAUGGAGAACGGGGUCAUUACACAAAAGAGUGAUGUCUACAGUUUUGGAAUUGUUCUCAUAGAGCUCAUCACAAGAAGACCUGCAACAUAUGACGUCAAGAGGAGCUAUGUUGCAAACUUUGUUCAAUCUUGUGCAGAAAAAAGAGUAAGGAACUUUAUUGAUAACGAUAUUACAAGUGAGGUUGAUAUUGCUAUGUUGGAAAUGGUUAGUGGGGUUGCUGCAGAUUGUCUAAAACCUAAUCCAGAAAAACGGCAUGAUAUGAAACAAGUAGAACACCGGCUCCUCAAAAUUAUUGGACAACCCGUAUAUCAUGGUUAGAAGGGAAACUCCCAGUUAGAUCUUCGUCCUGCACCUGAUCAUGUUGCUUUGCUUAGCUAACAUGUUGCAUUUUCAUUUGGUUAUGUAAUGUGGUUUCCUUUU